CUUCAUCAUCACCAAACCGACCUGCGUCGCGUCUGGCUGGCUGGCAUUUCUUACCUGGCCCAUUCCGCCGUCCUGGGAUCUCUCGAUACACGUUCACAUCACGACAUUCGUUCGUCUGUCCAUCUCCCUCCACCCCGACUGCGACUGCGACUGCGACUGCGACGCAUGCGAGCCACGCCAAGUUCAUACCAAGGCAGACUUGUUCUCCCUUGACCAACAAGCACGCCAGCCUUCCACGAGCCACCGCAACGCAUCGUCGUACAGAAGAUUGCCAUUAUGCCGGCCGACUACUCCACGGCGGCGCAGAACCUCGCCGUCUCUCCCUCCAAUUCACGAUCGUCCUCGCCGCCGCCGUGGGCACGCCAUGGCUCCUCGAGCAACGUCCGCCGUCUCUCGUCCGCGCGCUUCCGCAACUCGCCACGGCUGCGCCAGGCGUGGACGACCCUUGACGCCUGGAACAAGUACACCAUCGAGACAUACAGCCGCAUGACCGUGCUGCAGCGCAUCGUAGCCGGCGCAGGCAUCAUUGCCGUCUACGCCCUGAUCAUCCUGGGUUGGGUCUACUCGCACCGGCUGUUCGACUGGCUCGCCGGCGUGUCGCAAUCCUGGCGCGAGCUGCGCGGCGGCUGGCUCAUCAUCUUUGCCCUCGUCUUCGCCGCGGCCUUCCCGCCCAUCAUAGGCUACUCGACGUUCACGACCAUCAGCGGCUUCGUGUACGGGUUCCCUUGGGGAUGGCCCGUGCCCGCCCUGGCCUGCACGGUAGGCAGCCUCUGCGCCUUCAUCGCGGCCAGGACUGUCCUGAGCAAGACGGUCGAUCGCAUGGUGGGCAAGGACGCGCGGUUCGUGGCCCUGGGCCAGGUGCUGCGGCGGGACGGCAUCUGGUACCUGACCGGCAUUCGCUUCUGUCCGCUGCCGUUCAGCAUGAGCAACGGGUUCCUCGCCACCAUUCCCAGCAUCACGCCUACGGCCUUUGCGCUGUCAACGGCGUUGUCGAGCCCCAAGCUGCUCGUGCACGUGUUUAUUGGGAGCCGCCUCGCCAUCCUCGCCGAGUCGGACGAUAAGAUGUCAUGGGGCGACAAGAUGGUCAACUACCUCAGCAUGGCCGUCGGCGCCGGCGUCGGCAUUACCGUGGGGUACAUCAUCUACAAGCGCACCAUGGCCCGCGCCGCCGAGAUUGCGCACAGCCAGGCCCGGGAGGACGAGGAAGCCGAAGAGGGCCGCGCGCACGGUGCCUACCUCGACCGCGAGGACACACUGAUGGACCCGGAGGACGCCGCCAACCUGAUGACGGACGAUGACCUGUCGCUGUGGGAGACGCAGGUCGACGAGGACGCUGACUAUACGAGUGACGGUCCCAAGUCGACGAGCAAGGCGUCGAGCCCUAAUGAGGCUGGUCGACGUUCGCCUUGGUGAGCAUGCAUAUACGAAUGACAUGAUUGCGAUUCGCACAUUGGAUAUACUAGGGUUCACUAUACGAGAUGGGACAGGGAUAUGACUAGAAGGUGGCGAGGCGUUCCGGUAUCCAAGACAAUAGAUGGAUGGGGGGCCUUGUUUUGAAUAUAGCACACACAAAGCCCAUUUUGAU